AGUAGAUAAAAGUGUGUGAGCGUGAGAGAGGAUGAGAGAGAGUGUGUGUGUGAGGGAGGGAAGGGUGUGUGUGUGUGUAGCGCGUGGGUUUUGGGGGUGCGUACGCAUUUGCUGCAAGGUUGGACGGGGGGAAAAACAGUUUUUACCCAACAAAAUUCCACCCUUCUUCAGAAGAGUUAGGAAGUGCAUUCGAUCAACCUCGAUUCUUCUCGACUAGUACUUUCUGAAGAGAGAGCCGACUGAGAAGUUCGUCAGCAGGGAAGCUCUCACAACUUCACUCGGUCCAUGUCAAAGAUUGUACAUCAUGUAUAGCUUUGGGGACCAGUUGCAUCGGCCCAAGUGGUUUGCACUUCUAGGGUUCCUUAUCGUAUUCCUGCUAGCAUUUCAUGGAGAAGCUCAGGAGAUGUCAGUCUCAGUCAGCCUCAGCUCCGGCGAGGGUCUUUUGCCAUGUGUUUAUCGAGGAGUUCCGUACAUGGACUCCCAAUCGUGGGCAGUGGACGAAUGCACCACCUGUGCCUGCAACAACGCUACUGUUACCUGUGUGAUUGAGAGUUGUCAACCAGCAUUCUGCGCUUCACCAAUAAAACCGGAUGGAGCAUGUUGCUACCUCUGUCCAUACAAUGUCCUGGCGAAGAAAGUCCUGCCUGAAAUCACAAGCACAGAUACCAUCGCAGAGGGAGGGGACAAUCAAGUGAGCUUUGAUGUUCCCAUCAAGUUUCAUGAUGCUAUGGACACCACCGGAGUCUCAGGAGAAGAUAUAUGGAAACUUUCUGCUUGGGCUUCAGCCAAUCCAGACGGCAAAGGACCAAGGAUUGGAUUCGAAGAGGACGUUCUAGAUCUGACGCAAAAAGACAAGUACUUUAAGAAAAAAGAAAAAUUCGAGUUUACUGAUCUGGACUUUUCCUUUUCUGACCCGAUGGCCGAGUGCGACGACAUGAAGUAUAUCUGUGUGAGGAUCGAGAGGGGAGAUAACCCAAGGACCACUGGGGACCUUGGCUAUACUUUAGGAGGAUACCCGGACUCAGAUGCACAGACCGGUUGUACAGGAGCCCCAGAAUGUCGAGGAAUCGUUGCUAGGGAUCUAGAAUGGGAGCUGGAACCAGCAGAAACAGUAAUACCCUAUCAGGAAACGGCGGUCAAUCUGGACGCUACAGUCUUCUUCCGAGAGGAUAACCCGUUGUUAUCUGGUGAUGGACUCUGGCGCAUGGGUCUGUACGGCAGCAGAACAGCUGAUGGCUCAGGCGAUCGCUAUGGUUACAAACCACAGACACUGAGCUGGCCCCAACAGGGAACCACCCUAGAGGAAGGAGUUCCUCUUGGAAUGCCUGAUGUUGAGACCGACUUUGAAAUCGGAACUGUCGGUUGCAAUGACUUCGGCUAUGUGUGCGUGGAAUUCACUGGAGGGGACAAUCCAAAUCCAAACUAUUUCUUCCGCAAAGAGGGUGCCACAGAUAAUUCUCCGGCACAAAAUACACUCACCAGAUGUAAGGAACAGGAAUGUUUAUCAAAUGUAUGGGCUGAGUCUCUGGACUGGAGCUUAACGCCAACGGGUACGGUUAUAUCCGGUCAGGAAAGCGAAGUGACUAUUGACGGCAAUGUCAUGUUUGAAGACGACAACCGCGAAGUUGCCGGCAAUGGCCUGUGGAGAAUGGGGCUGUACGGAAGCAGGAAUCCCGAUGGAACAGGAGAAAAAUUUAACUACAAAAGGAAUAUUCUUGACACGCCACAAGAAGGUGUUACUUUACCACAAAAUAGCGGUUUACUCGAACAACCCGGGGUGACUGCCGACUUUGAGAUUGGUACCGUCGGUUGCAAUGACUUUGGAUAUGUUUGCGUUGAGUUCACCGGAGGAGAUGAUCCGCAACCUUUGUAUUUCUUUCGGACAGUGGGAUCUGCAAGUGAUCAUGCAGAAGACAAUGUUUUAGUAGAAUGCAAAGAACAGGAAUGUUUAUCAAAGGCAAUCUUUACCGAUCUGGAAGUUGAUCUUGGAGACCAAAACAUCAUCGAGAAUAAAAACAAUCCUCUCACAGUUGAUCUGAGUGGAAUCACCGCCGACGACUCCACCAACGUGUGGGGAGACCAGCUAUGGACAGUAGGUGCAUAUGCCAGCCAAAAUCCGAAUGGAGAAGGACCCAAGACCGGCCUCAUCGAGCAGAUUCUUGAUCCCAUGGAAGCUGGCACCAAUCUCAAUGAAGGGGAGAAUCUUCCAUUCGAGCAAGUUGAUUUUGAUUUCGACAUGACAGGGAUGCGUUGUGAAGAUGCUCCAUAUCUCUGUUUUGACCUUGAUAAGAACCCCAGGGCCAGUGUUAACUACAUCUUUGAAGCUCGCCCCGACGAUUCGGUAACGACUCAAUGUGUAGACAUGAGAGAUCGAUGCAAAGGUGCCACUGCUACAGAUAUUGAAUGGGAGCCCGAAAUUGGUAUUGCUCCGUUUGGACAACCUUCACCUCUGACUAUCGACACAGAAGUUCUUUUUGACCCAGAAAGUCCCGAUGUGAUUGGAGAUGGAUUGUGGGAGUUGGGUGUCUUUGCCGCUAAUAGCCCGGAUGGCAUAGGACCACGCAGACAUGAGGUUACUCAGACCCUAGAUCCGUUCAACGAAGCUUUGCCUCUUGAGGACGGAGGACCCCUGGACUUUGGCAAGCUUGAUGUCGACUUUCCAAUAGACGAAGUUGGCUGUGAUGAAUUCAGGUGGCUCUGUGUUGAGUUCAAGAAAGGAGAAUCGCCCACACCGGAUUUCAAAUUCGAGACUGAAUCUGGAGAAGAUUCAAUAAUAUCUUGCAAAGAACAGAGAUGUAGAGGUGUCGAAAUCAACGACCUCGAAUCUACUCCAACCGACGUUAAAACAGAUCUCAUGCUUUAUGAAGGAAAGGCAGAAAAUCCGAUUACAUACAAUUCUGUUGCAUCCACCACCGAUCAAACUGGUACGAUCAGGGGAGUUGAUCUCUGGACCCUGAGCCAGUGGGGAAGUGAGCGUGCAAACGGCAAUGGACCACAAGCAAACUACCAGGAGCAGGUGCUUUCGGGAUACCACGCAGCACUUCCAGUCUUGGCUCAAGGAGACACACUUGAUUUCGUCCCGCUUGUGUCUAACUUCGACAUGACUGGACUCAAGUGCCCCCAGGUCAAGUACAUCUGUAACGAGGUCAACAAAGACCCUGAGUCCAUCCCAGAUUUCCAGUUUAGCGCUGUUCCGGAUGAGUCUGUCCUGAGGAGUUGUUUUGAAGUACCUGAUGACGCCUGUAAAGGAGUUAUCUUUGAUGACAUGGAUUGGGACAUGUCCCCAAUUGGACCGGUCAGGGCUGAUGAACCCGAUGACAUGCUUCUCAACGUUGACCUUAGCACAUUACCAGAAAGUGGUUCAGCCGAUGGUGAUGGGCUCUGGCGAAUUGGAGUAUUUGGCUCUCCUAGUCCUGAUGGCGCUGGACCACGUCUUGGCUAUGUUCGGCAGAUCUUGGACCGAGCAGAAUCAUCAAUACCUGCAGAGGGUGAAGGAACACCCCUCGAAUUAAACAAUCUGGAGGCUGAGUUCGACCUCUCUCAAAUUGGUUGUGACUCUGAGUACCGCUUCCUGUGCCUUGAGUUCUCGAAGGGUAUGAUGGCCAGUCCUGAUUUCAAGUUCGAGGUACAAGGUGGUGGUGAUGAAAUAGUAAGCUGCAAAGAGCAACCUUGCCGGAGACCUGUUAUUCUGACGGACGUUGAUACAAAUCUGCUGGGUAACGGGCGCGUAAGUGAAGGCACACCAAACAACAGAAUUCUGUACGACAUCACUGGUGUCGCCGAUCCUUCCAGUGGGAAGGCAAUUGGUGAAGAUCUCUGGGAUCUGACAACUUUUGGCAGUUCAUAUCCUGAUGGUCGUGGCCCGAGGUAUAACCCCCAAGAGGCCAACGUCUUUACUCCGUAUCAAAAGGACAGACCAGCUUUCCCUGGUGAGGACAUACGAUACGGAGCUGUAGACACCAACUUCGACAUGACAGGACGCACUUGUGACGAGGUCAGGUACUUCUGUUCCGAGCUUCGUAAAAAUGAAGCCGCCACUCCAGAUUUCGAAUUCCUUGCCAAACCCAGCGAGGAUGUGCUUAUCGACUGUUUCGAACUUAAUUGUGAAGGUGUUCUCAUAGACAACACUCGGCUCAUGUUGAAUUCUGAUGACGAGCUUGAAGAUGGGCCAAACGACCUGACCUUUGACUUUAGAGUGGACUCGAACCCCUCUGGAGGGGAUGCUGAUGGUGACGACCUCUGGCGCCUGGAAACAUUCACUGCUACUCACAUGGACGGCUCAGGUCGACGUGAUAUCUUGGACCAGCAGACCCUCGAUCCCAGAGAGGCCAGUAUUGACAUGAGAUCUGGAGACUCUAUGGUCUUCCGGAAUCUCGAGGCAAGGGUUAACUCUGAGGACGUUAACUGUGAUGAAGAUCAGUACCUGUGCGCCGAGAUCUCCAAACAAGCGCGCGCCCGUCCAAAUUUCUCCUUGAAGGGAACGCGAGAGAAUUCCAUGACGAGUUGUAAAAAGAUCAAGUGUGCCAAGGCUGGUAAGAUUCUUAUCUUUAUUUUCCGCAGGGAGGUAUAAAAGAGAAGAGAUCUAGAAGUCUGACUUAUUUUCACCGUAUUUUUCAUU